GUGUGAAAAGACACUCGUAAUUUAAAUAUAUUUUUUCUCAGAUAUUUCUAUUGAAAUUGUGUGCAAACGCGCGCAACAUCCCACAUAUUGCGUAUCACUCUCGACACACUAUAAACAGCGAUCAAAAUGACUACCGCACUGUAUUUGCCCGAGGAAAACAUCGACAUGAUUGCUGCCACUUCGGUGCUGCAGCAGCAGGCAGCCGAUAUACGCACCAAGACGAUCAACUGGGCGUCGUAUAUGCAGUCGCAGAUGAUCAGCCAGGAGGACUUUCAGGCAAUUAGCGCGCUGGACAAAUCGCGCGCCUCCUAUUUGGCACAGAACUCCACGCAGGUGGUAAAGACGCUGCUGAAUCUGGUCUCGCAUCUGUCCAAGGACUCGACAAUUCAGUAUAUACUCGUGCUGCUGGACGAUCUGCUGCAGGAGGAUCGCUCUCGUGUCGAUCUGUUCCACGAGACUUCCGGCAAGUUGAAGCAGUGCGUCUGGGGCCCGUUCUUGAACUUGCUUAACCGCCAGGAUGGCUUCAUUGUCAACAUGGCGUCGCGCAUAUUGGCCAAGUUUGCAUGCUGGGGCCACGAGACCAUGCCCAAGUCUGACCUCAACUUCUACUUGCAGUUCCUCAAGGACCAGUUGGCCACCAAUAGCACUGCCUAUCUGCAGGAGAUGGCCCUGAUGGCCAAGCGGGCGCAAACGAUCAUUGUGCAUACGCAUGGACAGCAUGGCAAAGAUCAUCAUGGCCACCAGUACAGUCCCAAUGUGGCCCAGAUGCAGCAGCGUCACGAUCUGGCCAAUGAGAGUUACCGCGAGGUGCGAUCCUCCUCCUCCUCCGAUCAGCAGCAGGAUGGCAAAUGUGUUAUACCGAACAACGAGUACAUCCAGUCGGUGGCGCGCUGCCUCCAGAUGAUGCUACGCGUGGAUGACUAUCGGUUCGCGUUUGUCAGCGUCGAUGGCAUCAGCACCCUGAUACGCAUCCUGUCGACGCGUGUCAACUUUCAGGUGCAAUACCAGUUGAUCUUCUGCCUGUGGGUGCUCACUUUUAAUCCCUUGCUGGCGGCCAAGAUGAACAAGUUCAGUGUCAUACCCAUAUUGGCUGAUAUAUUGAGCGAUUGCGCCAAGGAGAAGGUCACACGCAUCAUUUUGGCGGUCUUUCGUAAUCUAAUUGAGAAGCCCGAGGACUCCUCUGUGGCCAAGGAUCAUUGCAUUGCCAUGGUGCAGUGCAAGGUUUUGAAGCAGCUGUCGAUUUUGGAACAGCGUCGCAUUGACGAUGAGGACAUUACAGCCGAUGUGGAGUAUCUCACUGAGAAGUUGCAGAACUCCGUGCAGGACCUCAGCUCCUUUGAUGAGUAUGCGACCGAGGUGCGCAGCGGCCGCCUCGAAUGGUCGCCAGUCCACAAAUCGGCCAAAUUCUGGCGCGAGAACGCUCAACGUCUCAACGAAAAGAACUACGAACUGUUGCGCAUUCUGGUGCAUCUGCUGGAGACCUCAAAGGAUGCCAUUAUUCUGUCCGUUGCCUGUUUCGAUAUUGGAGAGUAUGUGCGUCACUAUCCACGCGGCAAGCAUGUGCUGGAACAGCUGGGCGGCAAACAGAUUGUGAUGCAGCAUUUGGGCCAUGAGGAUCCGAAUGUGCGUUAUGAGGCCCUGCUGGCCGUGCAAAAACUGAUGGUACACAAUUGGGAAUACCUUGGCAAACAGCUGGAAAAGGACAACGAGAACCAAAAACCAGGCGCUGCUCCCAUUGCUGGCAAGGCCUAAGGCAUCAAUGUCGCUCAGCUACACCAUGUACAACCGUUAGCCAAGGGAUCGCCAGAUGCUUUAACAACUUAACUAACAAUAAGAGCUGGGGGCAUGGCGUUCCAUAUAGUCGCCACCUCCAUCUCCCAUGCCCAUUAACAAUAUCGUUUUAUUCUUGCUAUCAUUUAAGCGCAUAUUUCUUUUUCCUAAUCUAAGUACCAUAACGAAUCCGUUAAGGAUUCCAGAUGGUGCCAGCGUUUGUUGUCGAAAACUAAUUAAUUGUUGCUCUUUGUUGGCAUUCCGCACCAGUAGAGAGAUGAAGGAGAGUGAAAGUUAAUUAGAAAACAGUGCAAAAAAUACACAGAAAAUUAUAUAUUA